GAGAGCACAGGCGUGGAGCUCACCGGGGAGCGGGCACGACGAAGCGGCAGCAGCGCGCACCGGCAGCGGCGGUGCUUCUCGCAGUUAGCACGGUCGUUUCGUGGUCGGGUGGGAACCCGUUUAAGAUCUAAUAGGACUUGAGGGGUCCUGUUCGUUUUGCCAGCCGUGGGAAGGAUAACUCCUUCACGGCCAAAUCUGGGAGUACCGUCACCGGCGGCUGGGAGGAGGGGGAGAAAGAUGCAGUUCGAGUCCGACUCGGUGAGCCGCGCAGUCCGCCUCCGACGCUGGUGAUGCCCGCCGCGCGGGUAUCACCGCCCAGCAGCAGCGGCAGCAGCAGCGGUAGCAGGGGGAGGAGGUCAGGACAACAGGGCGUCGGGGGGCCGGUGAUGAUGGUGGUAAGGUCGGGAUCAUGGCAAACGGAACCGGUACUAUCAUGUUAAAAUGCGUCGUGGUCGGAGACGGUGCAGUGGGUAAAACGUGUCUUCUGAUGAGCUAUGCCAAUGACGCCUUUCCAGAGGAGUAUGUGCCCACAGUCUUUGAUCAUUAUGCAGUGAGCGUCAACGUCGGUGGAAAGCAGUACUUGUUGGGACUGUAUGACACAGCUGGCCAGGAGGACUACGACCGCCUCAGGCCGUUGUCCUACCCAAUGACCGAUGUCUUCCUCAUCUGCUUCUCGGUGGUAAACCCUGCCAGUUUCCAGAAUGUGCGUGAGGAAUGGGUGCCGGAGUUGCAGGAGUAUGCACCCAGUGUCCCCUACCUGCUCAUUGGCACCCAGAUUGACCUUCGUGAUGACCCCAAGACCAUUGCCAAACUGAAUGACAUGAAGGAGAAGCCCAUCGCCACUGAGCAAGGCCAGAAACUAGCAAAGGAGAUUGGUGCAUGUUGCUAUGUGGAAUGUUCAGCUUUGACCCAGAAGGGCCUGAAGACGGUGUUCGACGAGGCCAUCAUCGCGAUCUUGGCUCCCAAGAAAAAGAAGGGAGCCCUGAAGAGGAGACUGGGACCCCGCUGCAUCAACUGCUGUCUGAUCACGUGAUACAUAAACCCAGAGAUCACUCAGCGAGCGACCAUAAACCAAACCUAGACUGAGGGCAAAAGACACCAGAGAAAAAUGCACAAAAGAGAGGACUGAAAAGGACAAAACAAGAGCUACUUUUAAGCUGCAGGGCUCUUGAAAGGCCAUAACUCUCUCCUGCUGUCCAACACAAGUUGAGGAUGCAGUUUACUACCAAAGGAGCACAAAACCCAAGUCAGUCUCUUCUUCAAAAAGACUUGUUGCCUCAAAAGUACCUUCUUUUAUAACCAUUUUUAAUCAGUUUUCCUGUACAAAAUUGUUGUAAGCUGUCAUGCAGAAAACACAAAGUGACAUGACAGUUUUGAGAGAAAUGCUACAUUUUGAGGAGUUCAUAUUAUUUCUAUGCUUUUGAAGGAUAGAUUGUGGAUCUGUGAAUCUCUCAGUGUAGGAGCAGAUGUUCAGAUUAGGAGAGAAAGCUUGCAGCUGAUGAAUGAGAGGCUGACUUAAGGGACACUGUGACAGUGACCAGGAUACAUUUCUGGACAUAAGGGCCCAGUUUUGUUUUGUUUUUUUGUUUUUUUUAACUUGUGCUACAAAGACUCUGCUGGCCCACAAAGUCUAUCAACACCUAUUUGUCAGUUGAGGACGUGCAAAUGAAACCACACAAGGUGCUCUGCGUUGUGUGGGGAUAACGCAAAUGAGUGAAAUGCUGUUCAGUCAACGCAUUUUGGACCUGGGACUGUGUUAUGUUUUAGAGUCUUGUUUCUGCCUUAUGAAAACUCCAUUAUUUUAUAGUGUGGCAUGCCAAAACAUACUGUAAGUUAGGACUGAGGCUGAGGUCUUCAUCAGGAACUGAAGAGGUUUAUUAUCCAUUUUUAAAAUAUAUAUAUCCAGAGUUUAUGAUUCUAUAUCUCGAAAAUGGAGAUGAUUUAGUAUGUGCAAAUAUUAUUUUAUCAACUGAUAGCUUACCUUUUUUGUUGCAGUUUUGUUAUCAUGCAAUAAUGUGUUAUCAUAUUAUCACCUUUAAGAAGGUUUCAAAAAGAGAAGAAAAGGGAUCUCAUUUUAGAAAUGAAACUCUGAUUCAUAUCCAUCGUCCAAAGAAAUCAAAUGCACACUUCCAUCGCAAUCAGGUGGCUAAGGUGACCCAAUGCUGUAUAUCUAAUGCACAACAUGAAGCACAGUCGGCGCCUCUUCAUUUCCCGGCACAACGAAGCACAUUCCUCUGCUUUUAAACGCCGCCCCUCUCCCAGAAAAGGUGAUUGAAGCACAGAAGAUGCACACCGUUCCAUCAGGCACAAGCAUGAGCAUAGCACACUAUCCACCACGCACAAUCACAAUCCAUCGGAUCUCUAAAAUACUUACAAAUAUCAGCUUGAAACACAGGAAAGACAGCGAUUGAGAGGGUUCAAGAAGCCAGCUGUUCGUAAGGUCAAACUUGACCCACUUUUUACUCAGUGGAGAUUUACAUCAAUAAAUUGAAAUGGGUUGCACCACAGAGACUAGUUCUUAUGCUGAGAUGAGCUGCCAGGCGUAGCUGUUGCAUCGUGUCAGCUAACUGAACCAAAGGACAAAGUUAAUGUUCGCUUCAAAAUUAGGUUUAAUAAUGACGUCAUACCUGCCAUUACAAAAGUAUCACAACUUCAAUUUCAUACAUCACUUUGCCCCCUCAAACUGUUAUUGUUCCCAGUUACAUCCCUUCAUGCUACAGUGACUGUACAGAUGUUUCCUGUUUUAAUGGUGCAACCUGAUUUUAGUAAAUCACUCACUUGCUAGUAGCUAGUAGUCACUAAGAAAGGAUUUUACACGCAAACUUACCGAUGGAUUUACGAAUAGCUGGUGCCACCCAGUCUGAACUGUGGAAGUCAGUCCUUCAGCUGCGUUUGAAAUCAAACUGAUGACCACAUUGGAAGUGAUGAGGUCCUCACAUGAUAGCUGUGAAACGUUUUAUAUAAUGUAUGGAAACAACAUUAGUUUGACCACCAACCGUGUACCAAUCCUGUCUGUCGAACAGCGGGUUAUCCCAUAGGAGUUCAUUGAUCAAUUAGUUGGUUCAAUUAGAACCUGAGAUAACAUGUGAAGCUGAGCAGGAUUUAGAGAGUAGCUUAAAUAUUUAUGAGCCCCCACAACAAUUGUAUGCAACAAAGAUUUCAAGCCUACAUGUCUGUAAUACUGUGGGUAAUAACUUGGUUGUGACUGAACUUUUCUUGCAAGCCAAACAUCCAAAAUAUCGGCUGUUCUUGUUUCUAUGUGUUUGUUAUUGGCUUUUUCAAGCUUUUUUUUUUUUUUUCAAGAUAUUAAUCAAAGGUGCCAACUCUUGCUAAAUGACUUCAGUUCAUUUUCUGUUCCGAGUCAGAUAUGAUUGAUUAAAGCUUUAAUGUAAAUGGUGCUCCUCCUCUGUCCCAGCCUGCGUUGUAUAAACUUUCUUUUCGAGCAGCAGAGUGGAUUGCAGGGUGAACAGCCUUCUCUCGCGGACAGUUUUUGCUUGCUUACUUGUGUGAAGGUCCACCCUCAGGAUCCAGGACCUAAGUGCCGCAGCCACCAAUGCAUUCUCCCAUUGAUGCUCCUCUCUUCUCAAUAAAUGUGUUUACUGUGUUAAUAAGCUGGCUUGGAGGGUUUAACUUGGAGAGCGUCACAUGUGCUGUGGAACGCAUUUGUGAAAUUAACUUUUUGUUUAUUCCUGGAACUAAGGGCAUUCGUGUUCAUUAUGGGUCAAACAUCA